UUCAUAACGCUAACUAUAAGGCUAUACAGCUGUACACUUGUCCUAACUCUUAUGGUGCCUUGUGUGGCAAUACUCAUAUAUUCACUGUUUAAGUAUCUAGUUUUUUCUUAACCUGAAAAUAUAUAAUUUUCUAUUCAACGAGCUUUUCUGAUUCCAUACUUCAUAUUCAUGUUCCUGUGUGCAAUGCCAAUGAUGUUUUUGGAGAUGACUUUUUCACAGUAUUCUAAUCUUGGACCUGGAAGGGUAUGGAUUUGUUGUCCACUAUUAAAAGGAAUAGGUCACGGAAUGGUCGUUUUGACGGGGAUUGUUAGUACCUACUACAACGUCAUCUUGGCUUGGGCCCUGUACUAUUUUGGAAUGUCUUUCUUCCCCAAACUUCCAUGGACCAGUUGUGAUAAUGACUGGAAUACUGAGUUCUGUGAGCUGCGUGACAUGAACUCGAGUUUGCCAAAUUCCACACUAUUUACUCUGGAAGACAAUGUUAACAUUACACUGCCUUCGUCUGCAGAGGAAUUCUGGAGGGGAAAUGUCCUUGAUAUCUCUGAUGGCAUUGGAAAUCCAGGGACGGUCCGCUGGCAGCUUCUGUUAUGUCUGCUGGCCGCUUGGUUAGCUGUUUUCUUGUGUUUAUUCAAAGGAAUCAAAACUUCAGGAAAGGUAGUAUACGUGGCUGCCACUGUGCCGUACCUAUUCCUGCUGGUUUUGUUUAUAAGAGGGCUGACAUUUAAUAUUGAUGGAGCAGCAAAAGGUUUAGAAGUGUUUCUGAUUCCACGCUGGGAGGACCUACUUAGAUUCAAUGUGUGGUGUGAUGCUGCAGUACAGAUGUUUUACUCCGCUGGACUGGGAUGGGGAGGCAUUGCUACCCUGGCAAGCUAUAAUUCUUUUAAUAACAACGUCUUCAGAGAUGCGAUGAUUCUUCCUGUUGUUGACGUUGUGACAAGCGUCUUUGCCGGAUGUGUGGUAUUCGUAACGCUGGGUUUUAUGGCGGAAGAAGCCGGUGUUUCUAUCGAUAAAGUUGUAAAAAGCGGACCUGGAAUAGCCUUCAUUGUGUACCCUGAGGCUGUCUCCAAGCUCCCUCUGCCUCAGUUGUGGGCAGUUCUUUUCUUUAUCAUGCUUUUCACAGUCGGACUUGAUAGUCAGAUGGUACACAUUCAAACUUUGACAGGUGCUCUACAUGACAAUUUUCCUAAAGCUUUAAACAAGUGGAAGACUUCAUUAACAGGCAUACUCUGUUUUAUUGGGUUUUUGCUUGGGAUCCCAUGUAUAACGCAGGGUGGUAUCUAUGUCCUAACCCUUAUUGACUGGUACUGUGCCAGUGUGUCUGUAAUGCUGUUGACACUUCUAGAAGUGACGUCAUUGGCCUGGCUCUAUGGUAAGGGAUUUCCU